GGUGGUGGUGAAGGGAAGACGACGGGCGGGCUUGCGUGGUCAGCCUUAUAGGGCGCGUGUGCUGCUGCAAUCGGACUCCGCGGAUUCCCUCUCUUUUGGACGGGAUCGAUUGAAACCUGGCUGCCUACCAGGUCCCUGAUCCAUCUCAAUCCUAUCUUCUUCCCAAUAUCCAGUACUACUGCACUGCUCACGAUAUUCAUACUUAUCUAUACGCCCCAUAUCGGCACAUUCACCCCGCCAUCUUCCCUAGUCAUUUAGUCUCCUAUUCUGUUCCGUUCCCCUCAUGAAUCCCUCCAUUUGACCGACUGCUAUCUUGGCAAACCGUCACUCUUUACAGAUUCAUUCAUACUUUCUUUAUCUAUUUUAUUUUUCGGUUGCGCAUCAGUCAUCAUGCGUCUCCGUUUUCUGUGUGUAGUGGGCGCCUGGCUGGCCAGCUGUGCUGCCAGUCCAGUUGCCAGUCGUUCUGCGGAUGCUUCCAUGCCCCAAAAGGCACUUGCAAACUCGCACGCCUCCUUCCCCAUCGUCACCGGCCAUGAGAUCCAUAUGCCAUAUGCUACAAUCCCAGGAUCCAAGGAGGAUGAGGCCAAGUAUACCCCCAGACCAUAUCUGGCGAUGAAAAUCCGCACGGAGAGCAAUGCUCUAUUUGUUAAUGAUGUUCCCGUCUUCUCGAGUUCGUUUCCCAUGCACUUACCGGCAACCCGAUACCAGGACGUGUCCGGCCAAAAUCCGGAGCAUCUGCUCCUGCAGUACGCGGUGGACAUCGAAUACAUGCCCCCCCGUCCAGAUGGAUCCUUGGUGCAAGACAUCUACCGUGUGCAACUCAAGUUUUUCGAUCUCUCCGGCCAUCCUGCCACGACGAAUACCGUCCACGUUCGAUUGUCCACGCAGCAGUCGGGCGAAUUGUACAUUACACAGAUCAUCGUCGAGCCAUUUCUCGACUACUACCAUGAUGCCCACGGCGAUGGAAACUGUGUCUGGCGCACCAAGUACUGGAACCUGAUUAUGGAAAAGUACCGUGCCUGGCGCGAGCAGAAAGGACCCGGCCAUCACAAAGGGCCCGAGUCGCAGAAGAGUGACGACCACGAACACAAUGACCAUCAUCAUCACCCCAAGGGAAACAGCCCCACCUCCAAGGAACAGCCCACAGCACACCAGGAGGCUCAAGAGAAUAGCCCACUUCCCAAGGCUGAUCCCAGCAAUAGUGCAUCCGAGUCCCCGUUCCGGGUGUAUGGGGUGGACAGGUCUCUGCGACCGACGGCUUUGCGUAACAAGGAUUACCGCCGGGACUUCUGGCGACUGGUGGUGCCCGCCAUCAUCCCGGGACUCCUGGGCGCGGUUGCUGGAUUGGUAGUGUGCACGAUGGGGCUGCUCCUCUGGAAGAUGGUGGCAUGCACGUGUGCCAGGAUGCAGGGUCGGAGAUGUCGGAAGCAUUGCCAACGGAAGCAAGGCGUUUGCUUAUCGGAAAAGCAACGUCUGCUGCAGCAGGAUCAGCUGAGUGAGGCGUAGGAGUGAGUUAGUUGUUCAGUUACUCCAUUAUUAAGCAGGGAUGCUAUUCGUUAUUGUGUGGGGGCUGAGUCGCAGAUGCACAGCUAAAUAUUAUUGAUUGAUGUAAACAACAUGAGACAAGCCGAUUAAUAUGUAGUAUUCGCUCCAUCUGAUAGUCUAUAGUCUUACUAGUAUUAGGGUGUGAUACCGAGAUGUCUCAUGGCUUCAGUCGAUUAGUUACUUGGAAAGCGGGGUUUGGGUUAGUCAGGGAAACCCGAGGCCUGCAGCAACUAUUGGAAUCCUCCCUUGGCGACCGGUGGAAGCUCCGUAGUCACU